AUGGCUCCCAAGAAAGGGGCGAAGAAGGAGUCAUCCUCAACUACUACCCAUCAACCCGCCAUUGUUACUCGAACCUCUCCUCGCAUUGCUAAACCCAAAUUGGAUUCUGAUUCUGAUCCUCAACCACUACCCAUCAAUGUGUCUUCUGGCAGUGGAAAAGCAAAAUUGGAUUCUGUUCCUAAGCCACCUAAGUCCAAGAAGGCUGGUGGCGGUGCCGGUGCCGGUGAAUCUUCUUCAAUGGGUUCCAAGAAAAAGGUAGAUACACAGACUGCCGCCAUUGUUACUCAAAGAUCUACUCGACAACGCGGCAAAGGUAAAGUGAAUUCUAACGUGCCUAUUGAUUCUGUUUCUCAACCACCCAAGUCGAAGAAGGCUGAAAUAAACACUUCUGAUGGUGGAGGCGGUGAAUCUUCUUCCGUGGCUUCCAAGAAAAAGGCAAAUGAGGAGUCUGCCGCCAUUGUUACUCAAAGAUGUACUCGACAAAGCGGGAAAGGCAAAUUGGGUUCUAAUUUUCCUCCUGAUUCUUCUUCCGCCACCCCUACCCCCACUAGAAAGUCCAAUCACCGUGGCAAAGAAACUCUCAAAUCGCCUCUUGCUAUCGGUCGAAAACCCAAAACACCACCAAAGAGGACCAAAUUGGAGUCUAAAUUGCCUUCUGCAAGCACUCCUCCUUCCGGUUCCGAGAGAACCAAAACAAAUUCUGAUGAGGGAAACGCCGCAGCCAAGAAAAGGGCAAAUAUGGAGCCCUCCUCCAGUUCCGCUCGCAGUGAUAAAGGUAAAGGGAAAUUGGAGCUUUCUGAGAGAAGCACCUCAUCCUCUGAGGAAAUGGAAAAUGAUCAGAAUAGCCGUGCCAUAGCAAAAGCUAUCAAAGAGAAUAGUUUCCCACACAUGUUCAAGCCUGUGAAUUUAACCGUCUCUGAGGUCAAUGCCGUUCUUACUAAGGCGCUGCCACCCAAGGAAAGGGAAGUUGUGCAGCCAACUUCCGGUGUUCUCACCCGCCGGGCGAAAGCCCAAAUGGGUUCUGACUCGACCCCUCCUGCUAACCCACAACCACCAAAAUUCAAGACAGCUAAAGCCACAGCGUCCACUUCCGGCUCGACUCGCCGGGGCAAAGCUAAAAUGGGUUCUGACCCAACUCCUCCUGCUGACUCAGAACCACCAAAAUCCAAGAAGGCUAAAGCCACAGCGUCCACUUCUGGCGCUACUCACCGGGGCAAAGCUAAAAUGGGUUCUGACCCGACUCCAUCAAAACGGACUACUAGGGGGAAUUCUUCGGUUUCAGCAACGCCCAAGAACAAGAGAACUGUGGAGCCUUCCAGCAGAGUGCUUCGGAGUGCUAAAAAAGAUUGA